CACCAUGCCGUGAGGCUGGUUACAUUGUACAUCAACACCGGUCCUGUGACAUCCGAGCCAGCUGUUGACCGAGAGACACUGCCACAGACAUGGCGUUUCACGUCUUCUUCUUCUCACUGCUUGCGGGGUUCUGUUUGAACACCCAAGAAGGACAUGGUUUGGAUUGUCAGGACACGUUUCCUCAAUGUCCGAUAGACAUCACCCCGUCAAUGUGUGAGCAGCCUGGAAUCGCCUCAGCGUGUUCGGCAACAUGCCAAACGUGUCAGCUCCACGAUGACGGUAAUCAGUGUGUAAGUGGUUAUGUGGAAAAACGCAACAAAUGUCAAAGUUGCGGCAAUUUGAGCCUUCAAGAAAUCUUCCAGACUAGAGAAUGUCCUCAAGGUUGUCAUCUUGGUAACUGGGGGAGAAACUGCUCCAUACCCUGUAGCCCGGGCUGUUAUGCUGGAUGUGAGAAAUGGUCGGGGCAAUGUCUUCAUGGCUGCCACAACGGCUUCUACGGUACGCACUGUGAUCUGCAUUGUGAAAACUGUGGAGCCAGUGGUCGAUGUGGUAUUGAUGGGACAUGUAUGCAUGGCUGCAAAUUUGGUUUCAGUGGAACUUUGUGUCUGGAACAUACAAAUAACUAAACACUCGCUUCACUCAGAACCACUGUAAUCUAGACUUAUGAGCUGACCAUUUGAGAUCCUAGGGGUUAAAAAUGUUAAAAAAUAUUAUUGUGCUUCAGACUGUUGACAAAAUACGACAUUGUCUGCCAAAAAAUAUACAUUGUGUACAUGUUGCAAGAUAUUUAAAAAUUAUAUUUAGGCACACAGAUUCAAUUAAAACACAUAUUGUUUUGGAGCUCUAGCUGAAAACAUUUCCAGUAACCCCUCCAAAUAUCAAUUCGUCGGUCCCUUAGCUAUAUGCUCUACAUAUCUGUACGUUCUUCACAAUAUGUGCAUUUGUUGUUUAACGCCACACUCAGCAAGACGAGUCAUAUGAUGGCGACCUGUAACUAAUCGAGUUUGCACCAGACAAUAAGCGAUGAUGAGUAAGGUCCAAUGCCGUCAGGAUACGAUGACACGCAGUCAACAAAGUCACCGAGUCUGACCACCAGAUCCGCGUAGUCGCUUCGGAUGACAACCAUAGCUUCCUAGGACCCAUUUUAACCUGCAGUCCCCACGGGUGUGGUCACAUUGUUUAUGCUUGACGUAUAUCUGAUGUGAAGUUAAAGAGUCUUAUAUUCUAAUCCGCCCGUCAUCCAUAUCUUACUUACCAUGCCCGAUCCGUCCGUCAUCCAUAUCCUACUUACUAUGCCCGAUUCAUCCACAUUCCACGUCUUUGUAUGCCCGAUUAUCCGUCGACAAUAAGAUCUUACUGCGCCCGAUCCGUCCAUCAUCCAUAUCCUACUUACUAUGCCCGAUUCAUCCACAUCCCACGUCUUUGUAUGCCCGAUUAUCCGUCGACAAUAAGAUCUUACUGCGCCCGAUCCGUCCAUCAUUCACCUUUCAUUACGCAUGGACUAUCGACAAUCCAAAUCUUACGUGCUCGAUCCGUCGACAAUCCACAUCUUACUAUGCAUGACCUGUCGACACUCCAGAACUUAAGUGUCCGAUUCGUUUGCAAUCGAGAUCUUACUAUGGACGAUCCGUCGACAAUCCACAUCUUACUAUGCACGAUCCAUCCACAAUCCAAAUCUUAAGUGCCAGAUCCGUCGACAAUCCGGAUCUUACUAUGCCCGAUCCGUCCACAAUCCAAAUCUUACUUUGCCCGAUCCGUCCACAAUCCAGAUGUUAAGUGCCCGAUCCGUCCACAAUCCAGAUGUUAAGUGCCCGAUCCGUCCACAAUCCAGAUGUUAAGUGCCCGAUCCGUCCACAAUCCAGAUGUUAAGUGUCCGAUCCGUCCACAAUCCAGAUGUUAAGUGCCCGAUCCGUCCACAAUCCAGAUGUUAAGUGUCCGAUCCGUCCACAAUCCAGAUGUUAAGUGCCCGAUCCGUCGACAAUCCAGAUGUUAAGUGCCCGAUCCAUCCACAAUCCAGAUGUUAAGUGUCCGAUCCGUCCACAAUCCAGAUGUUAAGUGCCCGAUCCGUCCAAAAUCCAGAUGUUAAGUGCCCGAUCCGUCCAAAAUCCAGAUGUUAAGUGCCCGAUCCGUCCACAAACCAAAUGUUAAGUGCCCGAUCCGUCCAAAAUCCAGAUGUUAAGUGCCCGAUCCGUCCACAAUCCAGAUGUUAAGUGCCCGAUCCGUCCAAAAUCCAGAUGUUAAGUGCCCGAUCUGUCCAAAAUCCAGAUUUUAAGUGCCCGAUCCGUCCACAAUCAAGAUGUUAAGUGCCUGAUCCGUCCACAAUCCAGAUGUUAAGUGCCCGAUCCGUCCACAAUCCAGAUGUUAAGUGCCCGAUCCGUCCACAAUCCAGAUGUUAAGUGCCCGAUCCGUCCACGAUCAAGAUGUUAAGUGCCCGAUCCGUCCACAAUCCAGAUGUUAAGUACCCGAUCCGUCCACAAUUCAGAUGUUAAGUGCCCGAUCCGUCCAAAAUCCAGAUGUUAAGUGCCCGAUCCGUCCACAAUCGAGAUGUUAAGUGCCCGAUCCGUCCACGAUCAAGAUGUUAAGUGCCCGAUCCGUCCACAAUCAAGAUGUUAAGUGCCCGAUCCGUCCACAAUCAAGAUGUUAAGUGCCCGAUCCGUCCACAAUUCAGAUGUUAAGUGCCCGAUCAUUUGUACGGAAAGAUAUGUAUCACCAUAUGUGUAACGUUCAACUGCUACAGCACAGUGGCAUUACAAUGUAGUAUUUGCCAUGCAUACAAUGCAAAGAAUAAAUUAUAUUAAUUUAAAA